CACAGAGAAACCUUGUCUCGAACCCCACCCCCCAAAGACCCCCAAAGCAAAACUAAGCAAACAAACAAAACAUGUCAAAGUGACUGUAAGUGCUACUUCGUUUUAUAAACAUGGUUAAGAGGGAGAAAAUGUCAGAGACUGGCUUAUUAGGAAGACAUUCCUGACUGAUGUUACGUUUAAGACUGGAAGUUUCACAUUAGUUUUAGAGCCCAUUGUUAACCUACGUAAGCUAAUAGAGAUACAAAAGUCAAACAGAGUUGAGAGUUAAGACGAAGGUGAAGUGGAGAGGUUGUGUUGUUACCAUCUGGUUCCCUGCCUCCCACUGGCCUGGUAGCAUAGGAGUUCGCAAAGGACCACAUGGCAUGUUCUCCCCAGGACGGAGCGGGCCUUGUCUAUCCAGUUGCAAUUGAUCCAAGCAAAACAGCCCUUUCUGCCUCUGUAAUGUCUGUAUAAUCACCUAUUAAGACAAGCUUCCUCUCUCCAGCAUGUUUCCUUUUAGUCCUUUGCGUCUUACUGCUUAGCGCUUAGGCCCUCUAGGACAGCCCUAAAGAACCUUUGACCCCAUGAUGUUUACACACCCUUCAGAUUCUUAAGGCAGCAGUCACAACACUGCUCUUUUGUCAAUUAAGCAAAGUUCUUGUGGCUCACUUUCUGGAUGCCAGCUGACAGUUGAGGAAGUGCACAUGCUUGCCAAUCACUCCCCUCAAGGAAGAUACUAGAAACUGUCUGACUGUGUCUCUCUCUUUACAGCAGGCAGUUAUAGAAAAGAUGACAGCUCACCUCUCACUGUGAUGGAAUACUCAGUGAACUUUAUGACUUAUUUUCUAUCCCACUCAUUUCUUGGUGGUUGACUGUAUCUUAUGUUAUAGCCUAAAACAUACGCCAUUUGUUUUUCUUGCAGACAAAGUAUAAUUGGAUUUAUCUUUGUCAGGAGACAAUCUAUUAUGGCCUUUAUUUAAUACAGUUUCAAAUGUCUUUCAGUGGCAGAAACAAAUUAAUGUACAUUUUUACUGGGUGUUGUAUCUCUUUAAUCGACUGUCAAAGUGAUGAGAAGUUAGGAAAUCAUCCAGAGAGGUCCAUCUCCCUCCACCCAACAGCUCACACAUUAGGUAGGUUUGCCCUGUCAGUGGGAUGCCUUUAGAAAACACUAAUAGCUUCCAGCUGGGUGGAAAAUCAAAACCUUUGGGGUCUGACAAAACUAGAAGAUUUGAAUUUGAAAGCAGAGCUAAUGCCUCCAUUUUAUUUUUUACCACUCGCCCAUAAAACAUUAUUUUCCAAUAUGUCAGCCUCAUUUGGUGGCCAGUGGUCUGAAAUAGAAAGUGGAACAAGCAAGCGGAGAAAUCUGGACAUUUGUGAAUCCGCCCUUUCAAGCUGGUGUGCCACUUUGUGGAAGGGUCUCCCUGAGAGCAGGGGGGUCUUAAUGACGAUUCAUCAAUACUAGUUGGCUGAUCAUUGAGUGCCUUCUCAUUCAGUUUAUCAAGUCUUGCACAUAAAAAGUCAGAAUAAACCUUAUUCAGCUUUGUUAAAGCCAACUAGAAGUAAAAUGCUCCAUUUGAACCCAUUUUGCCCUUGUUUUUUCACGUUGUUAAUGCAGCCCUGCUUAAAUGAGUGCCUUUAUUGGCCCGGUUAGAAUAUCUGAAACUAUUAAUUCUCUUGUAUUGAAUAGCUGGUGGCAGGCCAGAGCAGAUGGGGUAGGAAAGUAUUUGGUUGGGUGUAUUGCUUUCAAUUAGGAUCAAUGAGGUUCCAGAUCCUUUGAAUUAACUCACUUAAUACCCACUGUGUGCAGGCACAGUGUAUCACAACAGUCUGCAAGAGGCAGGGAGGGAAGCUGAGGCGGCCCUGGAAAAGCUCCUGCUCCAAUUCUGUCUUCACCAGGGUGGAGGUCUCUCCUGUGCUGCAGAUGAUGCCACUGGACCGCUGUUGUCUGUGGCUGAGUCGGAUCUGAACAAAGGGAAAGGGUACGAUCGUGCUGCUCUGCUCUGGAAGUGGCACAGCACUGUGACGUCCAGACGAGGAGUAUACGAAGUCACCGUCACAAACCUACUCACAUAUUUUUUUCUUUAAUGCGUCCAGCAUUUCAUUACUGGCUAAAUUUGCUAAUUUUGAAAGUGAUGAUUUAGAUAACUCUCAUUUUAAAACUGCUUUUAAAGAAGUCUUUCUACUAAAUUGAAAGUUAUAUAUUAAUGGCCAUGACUUUUCUGAGAAAGUGCUUAAUUGAUCAUUAAUGUAUUCUUCGUUGUUUUGAAUAUAAUUUAAUUUUACAAACUAUAUGUGGAUGGUGAUGUAGGACAGCGUUUUUGCACUGGAGAAAACUUUCCCAAUACAUACUCUGAUUCUUCUUUUUGCUGUUCACCAUUCACCUAUGUAAAUGCAUUCAUCAUGCUAUUGAUUGUCUAUUUUUAUUACACAAUUUGGAUGUUAGAGAUCUUGGCUCCUCGUACUCUUUUUAUUAAAGGGGAAGUUAUUUCUGUCUAAGUAACUGUAUCUAUACAUGUCCAGGUUUCUCAGUUCAGGGAGAGAUGCCAAAUGGAGCUGCAGCUUUGCCUGUCUCUGGGUUAAGGAGGGGACAGGCUCCUUGAGAAAACGCUGAACUCGUCUCAGAUGCACGUUCAGCCAGGCCCUUUUUGCAAUCAGACUUCUAGGUGAGAAUCUCCAGGGAUCCAGGUUUUGUUGACGUGGAUCAAUUUAAAGUGGCAAUUACUGUAGUCAGAUAACAGCUUAAAAAGCCUUUUUACACAUAGAAAAGAUACAUAAUCACACAGCAUAUGGAAGUUCAAUUUUCUGAGCUGUGGUUUAGGGACUUGGAGUGUACCGAUAUUAAGACCCAGUUUUAAAACCAGAUAUCAUCCAGUUUUCUUGAAGUAUAUUGUAGUUUGUCAUAUGAUUUUUUAUUUUAGAAGUGAUUCACUGUGCAUGUUGAUGAAAGGUUGGAUGUCCCACUGUGAAAAUGUUUUCUUUCUAACAUAGGUAUAGUAUUAAAAAAAAAAAAAGUAGUGUGUAGCAUUGAGUGGCUUUUAAAAAAUAUUCUUUUAAAAACUGAAAAUCUUCAGGUUCAGGAUUCUGGAUUCCAUAAAGGCCCUAAUGCCAGCACUUAAUUGAUGAUCACACUCAUGCAUGCUAUAACACUUUCUGUCACAAGAAUGCUUGAGCUUGGUGCUUAACUGAACUGAAAUCCAUUACACAGAACCUCAUUACAAGUGACAUCUAACUAAGAUGAACAAAAAGAUUGGCCUCAUAAAUAGAGUGUAGUAUACUAUUAGUGACAGAACAGAGUAAUCAUUAUGAAUUGUAGUCUUUUUACAAGUUGGCUCUGACAGUGAUGGAUUUUUGAGGGGUUCACUGGCUGAAGCAGCCCUUCUAGGGUACAGUGUUCAGGAGCUGUAGAAAUUCUUAUUGAUUGAUGCUGUUUCUCAAAGAUGAUGUAUUUUUGUUUGUGCAGUGUGUAUUGUGUGCUUGUGUUUUGGAAUACUCUUGGGCAAAGGGUAGAAUCACUGCCUGUUUGCAGAUGGGGUCUUUUAGAAUUUCUUGAAGGCAGCAAAGAGGGGGAAAAAUCAACUUGACAAAAGCUUUAGAGAAUGUCAAAUAAACGAAGGAUGUGUUGAUCAUUGCCGGAAUAGCAGGAGUUAAAGGGGCCGAUCCUGUCUUCAUGGUCACUGAGCUGGCUGGUUGGUCAGUCCUGAGCAGAAUUGUUUAGUAGAAUUCUGUGUGUCUAGUGGAUUGGAUGUGCAUUGGGAAGGUAGAGCCUGAGGGAUCGACCACCACACGAGCCCCGUUGUUAAAACAAACAAUCAAACAACACAGGCAGGGAAGAGUUGGGAGUGUUAAAUUGUAAAGAAGAGUUUAGAGGAGAAUGAUAUUUUUCUUCCGCAUUUUUGUGUGUUUAGAAAUAGGCAUGCAAGGCAGGCAGGCUUGUGUUUCUCCUACGAGGCAAGGAUGUUUUACAAAGGACUAAAGAGACUGCUGAGAAGAAAAUAGCCAGCUUUAGAUAAAGCCCUGUAACAAAGGCUCCUAGUUUUAUAUAUCAUGGUGUCCAUUAAAGCUUAAUAGAGAAGAGUCCAUUGAACCAGGCUAGAUAUGUGUUAUUCAUGGUCAGGAUAAACAUUUAAGGGUGUGCAGAAAAAUAAAAAUAAAAAAUCGGAAAUCAGGAGGGCAUGAUUGUUCAGCUUUUGAAAGGGCUUUUCUAUGCAGAUUUUGUUUUUGUCUCCUGUGGAUCCCUAUGAAAAGUUGAGGAGAGUGAGCUGAAAAUGUUUGGAGCAUCUCAACAUGGGAUCCCAGGAGAUCCGAAGCACUCCAGUAAACUAAAAAUGGUUGGAUUCUGCUUCUAAAAGAGUGUUCUGUUUUACACAUGCUACGAAGAAGCUGAUGAAAGAAUACUCUUGAUACUUUGUGCCGGACGGUGAGCUGGCACAGCACACAGUCUUACAAGAUGUUUUUAGGUUGUUCGGGCUUUCCAGAUCAAUAAAAGAGCUUUGUGGUCUGUGCCCUUGUUUGUUUGAAACCAGUAAUGCCUGUUAAAAUUAGAAGAGGAAGGAAGCCUUGCAGUGGGAGUUGUAGGGGCCAGGUCAACAUUGCCAUCUUUUGGCAAGAUACGGGUUAACUUUGAGCUGGGAAGUGGGGGGUGGUGAAUGAAUUAUUCAGCAUUUAGCUUAUCUUUCUGCAUUUCACUUUCUGCUUUUUGGUGCUCUGGAACCGGGGCGGGAGGUAGAGUGGAGAAGGGGAGGCAGGAGUUGUGAUACUUUGCACACACGUCCCUGUCAUUGUUCUGCCUGAAGAGACAGGGCUGGGUUCAAGGCCACAUGUGCUCCUGUCAUCCUCCACAUUUCUGCUCCAAGUGCAAUCCGGAGUGUCAGCUCUCCAUCUGUCUCUGGCUGGCAGGCGCACGCGCCCAGCUCCCUGCCUCGGGCCAUGCCGCCCCAGCCCCUCUGAUGGCCCUCCUCUCCACCGCCCCGCACAUUCCAGAACAGGAGGCAUGAGCCCGCAUCGCGCUCCCUCUUAACACAGAGUUGCUUUCAGUGUGUUACACGCUGGAUUCCAGGAUGCCUGAUCGUACUGAGAAGCACUCCACAAUGCCAGAUUCACCUGUGGAUGUGAAGACGCAAUCUAGGCUGACUCCUCCAGCGAUGCCACCCCCCCCAACUACUCAAGGAGCUCCGAGAACCAGCUCAUUUACGCCAACGACAUUAACAAAUGGCACGAGCCAUUCACCUACGGCCUUGAAUGGCGCCCCCUCACCGCCUAAUGGCUUUAGCAACGGGCCCUCCUCUUCCUCUUCCUCUUCUCUGGCCAACCAACAGCUACCCCCAGCCUGUGGCGCCAGGCAACUCAGCAAGCUGAAACGAUUUCUUACUACCCUGCAGCAGUUUGGCAAUGACAUUUCGCCAGAGAUCGGAGAAAGAGUUCGCACCCUCGUCCUCGGACUGGUGAACUCUACUUUGACAAUUGAAGAAUUUCAUUCCAAACUGCAAGAAGCCACUAACUUCCCACUGAGACCUUUUGUCAUCCCGUUUUUGAAGGCCAACCUGCCCCUGCUCCAGCGUGAACUCCUCCACUGCGCAAGGCUAGCCAAACAGAACCCUGCCCAGUACCUCGCUCAGCAUGAACAGCUGCUUCUGGAUGCCAGCACCACCUCCCCUGUUGACUCCUCAGAGCUGCUUCUCGACGUGAACGAAAACGGGAAGAGGCGAACUCCAGACAGAACCAAAGAAAAUGGCUUUGACAGAGAGCCUUUGCACUCAGAACAUCCAAGCAAGCGACCAUGCACUAUUAGCCCAGGCCAGCGGUACAGUCCAAAUAAUGGCUUAUCCUACCAGCCAAAUGGCCUGCCUCACCCCACCCCACCUCCACCUCAGCAUUACCGUUUGGAUGAUAUGGCCAUUGCCCACCACUACAGGGACUCUUAUCGACACCCCAGCCACAGGGACCUCAGGGACAGAACUAGACCUAUGGGGUUACAUGGCACACGUCAAGAAGAAAUGAUUGACCACAGACUAACAGAUAGAGAAUGGGCAGAAGAAUGGAAACAUCUUGAUCAUCUGUUAAACUGUAUAAUGGACAUGGUAGAAAAGACGAGACGAUCCCUCACUGUUCUCAGACGAUGUCAGGAAGCAGACCGGGAGGAACUGAAUUACUGGAUCCGGCGCUACAGUGAUGCCGAGGACUUAAAAAAGGGCGGCAGCAGUAGCAGCAGCCACUCCAGGCAGCAGAGUCCCGUCAACCCAGACCCAGUUGCAUUAGAUGCACAUCGGGAAUUCCUUCACAGGCCUGCGUCUGGAUACGUGCCAGAGGAGAUCUGGAAGAAAGCUGAGGAGGCUGUGAACGAGGUGAAGCGACAGGCAAUGACUGAGCUGCAGAAGGCCGUGUCUGAGGCAGAGAGGAAAGCCCAUGACAUGAUCACCACAGAGCGAGCCAAGAUGGAACGCACGGUGGCUGAGGCCAAGCGGCAGGCAGCAGAGGAUGCCCUGGCAGUCAUCAACCAGCAGGAAGACUCCAGUGAGAGUUGCUGGAACUGUGGCCGGAAAGCAAGCGAGACCUGCAGCGGGUGUAACACAGCUCGAUACUGUGGCUCCUUUUGCCAGCAUAAAGACUGGGAGAAGCACCACCACAUCUGUGGACAGACCCUGCAGGCCCCACAGCAGGGAGACACGCCUGCAGUCAGCUCCUCAGUCACACCCAGCAGUGGGGCUGGGAGCCCAAUGGACACACCACCAGCAGCCACUCCGAGGUCGACCACCCCGGGAACCCCCUCCACCAUAGAGACGACGCCUCGCUAGACCUAAACUCAGACUGUCAGAGGAAAGACGCCGCAACCAACACAAAAGCAAUUCCUCAUCCUCAGAUGCUCAAAGUCGUUUUUCUGUUUGUUUGUUUAUAGAUGAACUAUCUAUCUUAUUUCAGUACUUUUCAGCAAGAGAACCUUGGAGGCGGUAGUAAAACACAGAGGGCCAGUAACGGGUCGUAAUGACUUACUGUGGAUAACAAAGAUAUCUUUUCUUUAGAGAACUGAAAAGAGAGGAAGGAAUAUAACGUGAGAUGCUAGAUUUGACCUCCUCCCUGUUAUUUUCAAGUAGCUGGGAUUUUAAACUAGAUGACCUCAUUAACCAAUGCUUUACCAAACAGCAAACCAAGAGAUUGCUAAUUGCUGUUGAAAGCAAAAAUGCUAAUAUUAAAAGUCACAGUGUUCUUUAUAUACAAUAAUGGAAAAAAAAAGGCAAUCCCUCAAGGGCAUGAGCGUUGGAUACAGCAGUAGACAUUUUAACAAGAAGAUGAAUGGCGUCUGUGGGUUGCUAACUGAACUUUGAAGACCCGCUACAAAACGUGCAGAUGUGCAGCAGAUUGGAAGGAGACACAGAUGUUCGGGUUUUUUUUUCCUGUUUCUGAAGAGAAAUAAUAAUAUCCAGGUCAACAGAAUGAAAAAUGAAAGAUGAUUUCCAGUGGGAUGUAUGACUACAGCAGCAAGAAAAAAAAUGCCAUAACACAAAGGCUCCUUUUAUAUAUAUAGUC